AUGGGUACAAACAUUUUGCGAAACUGGUUCGUGCCCAAGGAUGGCAUUAACCGCCAGGUCAUCUCUGCAGACAUACAGAAAUAUCUAGGCAACGAUGCAACCGUUCGUCCAGGCAAAGAUAAAGAGGUAGGAAACAAAAUGGCAUACCAGCGCACAUGGCUUAAGCAACAGGCUUGUGGACGUGACUGA